AUGGCUCAAUUCCGGGAAAUGCUUAUUGAACAACAGGUAUCUGCGUUCUCUACUUGGGAGAAGGAGUUGCACAAAAUUGUUUUUGAUCAACGUUAUUUGCUUUUGGCUAGCAAGGAGCGUAAACAGGCGUUUGAAGCGUUUAUUAAGGAGCGUGCUGAGGAAGAGCGCAGAGAAAAGAAGAAUAAACUGAAAGAAAAAAAGGAAAAGUUCAAGGAGCUGCUUAAGGAGGCAAAGCUUACAUCUAAGUUAAAUAUAAUUUAUCCUCAAACUCUUGUCAGAUCAUCAUUUGCUGAUUUCUCAUCCAAAUACUGCAAAGAUGAGCGUUUCAAAGGUAUCGAGAAGAUGCGCGAACGUGAGAGCAUUUUCCAGGACUUCCUCGCGGACCUGCGCCACAGGGAGAAGGAGGACAAACAUAAGGAAAGGGAACUAGUGAGUUUUCUUUCUAUUUAUAGAUUAUUUAUACAAAUUUCAUUGUACAAUAAUGAUCGGUUUCAGUGGAAACUUUGCUGCUUCGUCGAUUUCAUUAUUUCCCCUGUUUCUCAGUAA